AUGAAGUUUGGCAAUAACGACCCGUUCGUCGCUCGGGACUUUGUCGAGCAGCUGGCCAAGAAGGCGCUCAACAAACAACGAGGAGCGAAGGCAGCAGCGACUGGCGCCCGAGGGUCACCUGCCACCACGGCUCCAGGAAGCGCUUCUACUACGAGCACUACGAGCACUACGAGCACUGCGACAGACGGCAAGGCGGCAGGAGCAGGAGCAGGAGCAGGAGCAGGAGCAUCGGCACUCGCAAAGCUGCGCAAAGACAAGGACAAGGAGCGUGCGAGUCGCGCCGAUCACGCCAGCGACGGGCACGCUUCCGUGACAGGUGUAUCGACGUCCUCUGCUUUGUCCGCCGGGCGCGAUCGUGAGCGCGAGAAGGAGGCUGCUGCUCUGGCGGAACUCGGCGGCAAUGCCAAUUCAGUGGGCGAUUUUGAUCCGCAGCCCUUGCUUCAGCUGUUCAAGGACGGCAUCAGCACACUCGGCGCGCUUGGCACGUGGGUUGAAGACAAGAUUACCAGGAUGGAGUCCUCGUGUCAAGAAGCAGAACGAAGGUACCGUGCAGAGACAGCCAAGCUCAACCAAGGAUAUCAGAUUGUGGUGACGGGCUUCUUUGAUCUGGACGACCGGAUACAAAACAUUGCCGCCAAAGCAGUCCAUCUCGGCAACCGGCUGGAAACGGCCAAUGUCAAGCGAACGCGCGCUCAGGAGGCGCAAGAGUUGAUGAACAUUUUCUCGGCGCUCGACUUGCCUGGCCAAAUUAGCACUCUGCCGCAGCACAAGGGUCGCGGAACGAGACGGCAGCUGGAUACGGGGAAGGGCGCUGUUUCGACAACAGAGCUCAAUUCGGAUGAUAGUGGCGACGAGAACGACACCAAGAAGGCAGACCAGGGCGCUGCUCAGGCGGCCGCCGACACAGCUGCGGCCGCGGCAAUGGCUGCUGCAGCGGCCGCGUCUGCCGAAGGAGACGACGCCGCUCCCACUGGAGCAGCUUUGGGUCUGUUCGCUGGCAUGCCGCAUCUGAACGACGAUGCUGCAAACAUCCGGCAAUGGCACGCUCGCAUCACGGCCAUGUUCUUUGCCGAGACCACCAACAUCCACCAGGCCGCCGCGUUGGUGCAAAAGCUCGACUUUUUGGCGCAGGAACUGAGUCUGAGCGACCGGUUUGGACUUGCGAAGGAACGCAUUGCCCUCACCUACAGCUCCAUUGAGGCCAAGCUCCACGAACGCUUUGCCCAAGCGCGCGGCUCGGGCGAUGUCGAGGAAAUGAAACAACUGGCCAACACGCUGUAUUCCUUCCGAAACUACAACCUGUGUGUCGAGACCUUUAUCAACUUGCAUCGGUUCUUCAAGGGGACGGGUGCUGAUUUCACGACUGCCAAGGGUGUCAUGCUGUCGGACGUGGAAAUUUUCGACGACAUGGUCACCGAGUGCAUCAAGGAGGGCGAGCUCAUCCAGACUGUCUUCCGGAAUCCCGAGAGCAUCAUGGCCAAGUUUGUUGCUCGCAUUUUCGAGCAGCGACUGUCGAGCCUCGUCGAAACCGAGCUGAAGGCUGCCAUCACCAAGGACUACACAAACUAUCUCGCCCGGCUGUACCGCCUCUUCCAGCUGACGCAAGAAAUGGUGCGCAAGCUCACUGCAGCCAACUUUGGCGCUGAUCUGCCGACUCUGGUUGAUUCGGUUUUCCAAUCCUACUUGAGCGACUAUGUCCGCUUCGAAGAACUAGCAUUGGAGAUCAAGUACACGUCACUGUUGCAGCAGUUCUACGAGUCGAUUCAUCACAACCGUCGUGAUGCAGCAUCCACAAAGGGUCUGCUCGAAAAGGCACGCGAGUUCAAGGACAAGCUGCAGGCUGGUGCCCAACUCAUCGGAGACCUCACGAUCAAUAACCCGUUCAUCAACUCGAUCGCGACCACCCUAUCCCCGUCGAGUUCAAACGCAGACACCAAUCCUUUCGGAAGCAGUGCCGCAUCCGCGAGCGCGUCGGCGUCCACCCCGAGCGAUAACUUGCUCUCGAUCGAGCUCGCUCUCACGCUCAUCCACUUGAACGCGGAUGCCCUGCAGCGGUGCCAUCUCCUGUCAACCAACAUUGACAUUUACAACAACGCCCAGGCCAUCUUUGCAAAGCUGCUGGACGCGCUCUGUGUGAAUCACGUUGGGUACGCGCUGGACGUUGCAUUGGCUGGGCUUCCUGCCGCAGAGCCACGCACGGAGCCAAACAUUCAGUUUGUGAAUGUGGUGCACGCGGCCAACUACGUCUUCCAUUUGCUGCAGGGCCAUUUCAGGAAUGUGAUUCUGCCCGUCGUGAGCCAGUCCUACCCAGCUCACUCGGCAUGUGUGAAUGAGAAGAACCGCGUGAUGGAGACGCUCGAAAGCAAGAUUAGCACCGGGUUGGAACGAGUGCUGGACUGCGUCAGCUUUUGGUUUGAGCGCAUCCUCGACCGCGACCAACAGCGCACAGACUUCCGCCCCGACGACAACGACGUGUCCGUGUUCAACAAACCCAGCACUGUUGCUUGCCAACAUGCGGUACAGUACAUGGCCCGCCAGCGUGAUUUGAUUGUGAAUGCGCUGGAUGGGCGCAAUCUCGAAAUCAUCUCGACGGAACUCGGCACGCGGUGUCACACUGUGCUUCUCGAUCACCUGAAAAAGUUUACCGUCAAUUCUCUUGGCGGACUUGUGCUGACGCGUGACAUUGCCGAGUACCAGUCGUGCAUGCGCAAAUUCAACUUGCCAGCGCUGAUUGAGCUGUUUGAGACGCUGCGCGAGCUCAGCGCCAUCUUUGUGGUCAAGCCCGAGAAUCUUCGCCAAGUCUGCUCCGAGGGCCUUCUCGCGCAUGUCGAUCGUGAGACGAUCAUGGCCUAUGUGCGUCAGCGCGCUGACUACAAGUCUGCCGGAGUGGCGCGUUUCUUCUAGGUGGAUGUUUUGUGUUUGGUGUAGUUGUUCUUGUUGUUGGAUGUUGGGGAUGUUGAUGUUGGCGUUGGUGUUGAUGAUUGGUCUUGUUGAUUUUUUUUUUUUUUCGGUCUUGAUCGGGCCCCCUGUUUGUUUGUUGCGGUUGUUUCGUGUGUGUGUGUGCUUUCAAGAAUAACAAACGUCCUUAUUCGUGAUCGAAAA